UUUAAAGCAACAUCCACCCUGUGCAACACCUCAUAACAUGGCGGCACCCACAUACAAAAUGGCGGCACCCAUGUCCAAAGUCUGCAAGCCUUUCCGGCACCUUAAUGUUAAUCCAAAUGUUCCUGUUCUGGCCUACUCCUCUUCCUCUGGAGAGGACACGAGCUCUACUGACUCUGAUGCGUUUCCACCUUGCCCUCUAACCCCUGAAAAUCCUUGUGAGGAGAUCCAGAAAGCUGCUGUAAAAGAAGGAGAUUGGCAGAUAGCAACUAAGUUCACUGCAUUCCCCGUGAGAUACCGCAGAGGGAGGGGAGGUGAACCAAGAUGGGAGCCAAUGACAUUUGGAGAAAUAAAAGAACUGUGUUGGACAGGCAAGGACCAUGGGAGGGGAUCUCUGUAUUUUAAUAAUCUUGUUCGGGCUACCUUCACUACACACGUACUAACCCCCCAUGAUCUAAAGCAAAUGAUGACUAUGUUGCAAUCUCCCACCGAGUACACCCAGUGGGAAAGGGGAUGGAAUUGCCUGCUGCAAGGAUUCCUGGCUGACUGCACCAUUGACCCAGCCAGAGCAGCAUUAACAAUGGACCACCUAGCUAGGGAAGGACAAUUUACCCAACCUGAGGAGCAAGCAGCAGCAGUCCACAGGCAAGUGCUCAAUGAAAUUAAAAACUUUGCUAGAAAAGCACUAGUCCAGGUGCCAGAUAGCAGCACUCCUAACUUGGAGUACACUAAUAUUAGGCAAGAGCCAAGAGAAACGUGUAUGAAAUUUACUGACGGGUUAAAACAAGCAUUGGAAAAACAAAUCUCUGAUGACAAAUUGCUAAGAUAUUGGUAGUAGCCAAUGCUAACUCUGAAUGCCUAAAAAAGGUAUUGCAUGUCCUGCCACGAGAACCACCACGGACGCUCCUCCAGAUGAUCAAGGCGUGUAAUCCUCUUGAGAUAAUGGAGCACGUGGCAGCAGAACAAGCCCAGGCCAUCGGGCAAGGAGCUGCAAGAGCCCUUUCCCAAAGGAAACACCACAAUCACAAUACCAAUCCACAUGCUUUCAAUGUGGUCAACAAGGACAUUUCCAAAAAGACUGUCCACAAAGAAAGGGGAGAUACCCAGUUCCUGGUAAAAAUCGACUGCAGGCUAAACAAUUUUUUUCUAAAAGUAAUUUUCCCAGGCAGCCGUCAAAAAACUUCCACCGGAGUGCAAGUCGGCCUCGCGCUGUGCAGAAAUCCACAAGACAAAGAUGCCGAUGGUUGAAGAGAAUCAGGAAGUUUUAACCACCACUACAGACCCUGCAGCCCCAAACUCCAGCAGCUUAUCCCAGGACUACCACCAACAGUUCCACCAGGUGGCUGGCUGGAGCUGCUGAGUGCUAAACCUGCAGUGCUGACUGACUGUUUCACACAUUCAAUUUCAACCAACUUGGGCUUGAAGAUCGACCCCGUCAAGUGCUAGUCUUUGGCAACUGCAGAUCAAAGUCAGAAGGACUUUUUGUCCUCCCUUCUGUAUUGUCUGCUACAUCUUCCCAGGAAAUAACUGUUUUAGCCACAAGACCUGACCCUCCUUGAUUUAUUCCUAAAGAACUGCUGUACCCAAGCAAUUAUGCUGCCGGAUGAAACAGAGGAAGAGGACUCAGAAUGCUUUGUCAUGUGGACUCAAAUUUUAACAACAGACCUAAAAUAACCUGUAUCCUAGAGCCUAAUGGACAAAGUCCCAUCAAUCAACAGAGAAGCAUCCCUUCAAUGAUUCCACUGGGCAGUCUUACUGAAGGGAAUGAAGAACAGUCCCACAACAGGUCAAUGGUUUGUGGCCAAAAUACUAACUCCUGUUCAUAAAGUUUAUUCACAAGUGUUGAUACUUCAUUACUAUAUAAUGAAGUAACAGGAUGGCACCCUGUUAGCUGCCAAAGAUGCUACCACACUGGAUACCACAGUGAAGGAUACCAUCACAGCACUCCAAAAGGCUGGAUUGACUGUUUCAGAAGAAAAGGUGCAGCAAAUGCAGCCCUGGCAGUAUUUGGGUUAUAAAGUCUCAUCAGGAACCAUAAAGCCACAACUGCUCUGACUAGAGGAGAACCCACAAACUCUACAUGACAUGCAAAGGUAACUUGGUGCUAUCACUUGGGUGUGACCUCUGUUGGAGAUUACAAACCCAAACUUGCAGCUGUUGUUUGAUCUCCUGAAAGAAGAUUCUGACCCAAACUCCCCAAGAUACCUGACAGAGGAAGCAAGGCAUGCCUUAAAUAAAAUGUCUUUUGCAAUACAAACCC